UUCUGGGCCAUGAUGUCAUGAUACUCAGAGAGCGAGAUUGAGGGAGGGGGAGAGAGAUAUCGGAAACUCAGACUGGCCUAUGGCUUUCAUCAAUGAUAGAACAAUUGACCCAGCAGAGGCUAAAGAGAAUGCUGAUGGUCUGUCUAGGGCUGGGGGACAAGGGAGACUGGCUGUGGCUGCUAUAGUGGACUGGACAUUAGUAGAGUGUGUGAGGUGGAGUGCAUCUCUCUCUUUCUCUCUCGUUUUCUUUGACGGGGGCAGGGGAGAGGCAGGCUGGGCUGUCCACUAAAGCUAUCACAGGGCUCAUAAGGAAGGGGGAGGAACAGAAGAGGCUGCUGCUGCUACAGUAUGUGCAGCUGCUCCCAACACAGUCCCCUCUUCCUCUCUUUCUCUUACUUUCCCUCCCUCCUCGAUCUUUCUUUCUAUCUUUUCACAACAUGGAGCCCAACAGUCCUAAGAAGAUCCAGUUUUCUGUACCUGUCCAACAGAGUCAGCUGGACCCUCAGGCAUCGGAGCAUAUCCGUAAGAGGAGACCUACACCAGCCACCCAUGCCAUCUAUCUUCCACCAGACCUAACUGCAGCAAAUGACAAGCAGACUACAAGUCAUCAAGGAGAGACCCAGAGUGCAGGGACAUCUCCCGCUCAGAGAAAACACAGCGUCUACACUCCGCCCACCAUGAAAGACUGCUCUAGAGGCCAUGGUGAGGACAGAGACAGCCUGCCUCCUACCAGGCUGGCCAAGACUCACACAGACACGCUGGCCCUAGCAGAGGAGCUAUCAGGGGCCCUGCCACGACUGGCAGACACACCGAGGCGCAAAGACACCCCCUACCAGCACCAGCCUCCCUUCAUUCCAGCACUCUCUGUCCAAUUCCCAGGGGUCAAGCUGCUCAAGAGCACAUCAAAGAACUCCUUCCCUGAGGAGGAAGAGAAGGAGGUGGAGGAGGAAGAAGAUACCAAGAAGAAGUAGGAUCCAAAGUGAAGCGUGAGGAGCAGACAAACUGUUGGCCAUGUUUCUGAUGGUUCACACACAUGAAUGGGUAAUGAACUCUUGGUAAGAGAUGAUGCUAAACUAUCAGGUUAUCAUUUCUAACCUGGGAAUCCAUUUUAUUCAGCCAUGCGUUGUUGAGAUUAAGAAAGGACAAUGUCAUUCAUUCAUUUGUCUGUACUGUAUCUCAAACUCUUAGUUGGUUAUGUAUGGUUAGAUAUUGUAAUAAGAGAGUAUAUAUGAACAGCAAUACUGGCUGUUAUGCAGUGAAAAUAUAUCUGGAAUUAUACAGAUUUUUGUUUGUUUUCUUUAAACAGAAAAUAACAAUGCAUCUCAUUGUGUCUGUCUCAUCAUGUAAAAACAUAUUUCACAUAGAUUGACUUGAUAUUUUUGUAGUAUUUUAUACAGAAACUGGGCUAUGUAUGAAUUGUUAGACUUGUUUACCACUCUAAGGUACUGCACAAACAAAGGAGUCCUACAAUUUAUUUUAUUUAUUUCGCUCACUGGUGUUUGGAGUGUCUGAGUCCUAUCCUAUGAAAGGCUGAUGCAUUGCACAUGUGACCAAAUAAUAAAGUUCAUUCUUGAAUGAACUGUUGGCAAAACCUGUACAUUUCAGAUGUCUAAUGCAUUGUGGACCUAUAGUGCAGCAGAGAAACAUCACCUGCAAAUAAUGCCAAACCCUCUCAAUUUCAGGCAGGAUUAUUUUAGUAGGCUAAUUGUUAUCUCAAAUUAAUCGUGGGAAGAUUUCAUAACACAAAAUAAAACAUUUUU